AUGCUUACACUAUCAAUAGAAGCAACUUCAAACAUCUAUAAGAAGUCUCGUGAAUCGAAAGCAAUUCGGAUAAAAGUUCUUCCUACUCCAACACAAUUUAAAUUAAAAAUUUACUGCACAGCAAGGCAAAGCGCGUUAUUUAUGACUCUCAUGACUCAUUUUUUACUUCAUAAAACAACUCUCGAUGAAGGAGAAAAAUUAAACAAAUCUUUCUUACGUCUUGAAGGUGGAGAUUACGACUGUGCGAGAAAGCAAUGGAAUGAAACAUAA